CAGUGUCUCAGCUCGGUGCUCGUCUGCAGCUGCGUGGCUUCGCGACGACAAACACACAACAACUUUCUUACACUCUUUUCCUGUCUUCUGCCGUUAAAGAUAGAAGGAACCCAUGGCUCCACCGUUUCCCGCCGCUUCAGGACGCGAUGCGGACUUCAAACUCGGAGUGCGGAUUUAGUCUAAACUGAGCCACAACUUCAAACAAGAACCGGAGGACGGCGGAACAAGUUGAGACCGAGAUAAAGGAACCCGGAUCGGCCCUGCUCCCGUCGAGGUCAAGAUGUCUGUCAGUAACCACGAAAACAGAAAGUCUCGCUCUAGUUCCGGCUCCAUGAAUAUCCAACUCUUCCACAAGACAACCCAUGCGGACAGCCUGUUAACUCAACUCAACCUGCUGCGAAAACGAAAAGUCUUCACAGAUGUUGUCCUGAAGGCCGGAAACCGAUCCUUCCCCUGUCACCGGGCUGUCCUGGCCUCAUGUAGCCGUUACUUUGAGGCCAUGUUCAGCGGCGGGCUCAGGGAGAGUCGUGACGCUGAAGUCAACUUCCAUGACUCUCUCCAUCCAGAGGUGCUGGAGCUCUUGCUCGACUACGCCUACUCGGCCCGAAUCAUUAUCAACGAGGAAAAUGCAGAAUCGCUACUAGAAGCCGGAGACAUGCUUCAGUUCCAUGACAUUAGAGACGCAGCGGCAGACUUUCUAGAAAAGAACCUCGACCAGUCAAACUGUUUGGGGAUGAUGCUGCUGUCAGAUGCACAUCAGUGCCAGAGACUGUAUGAGCUGUCAUGGAGGAUGUGCUUGGCAGACUUUGCGACCCUCUUCAAGACAGAGGACUUCCUCAGCCUGCCCAGAGACAAAGUCCAGGAGCUAAUCCUCAGUGAGGAACUGGAGGUGGAGGAUGAGUGCCUGGUGUAUGAGGCUGUCAUCGACUGGGUUAAGGCGGACAUGGAGCGGAGGCACAGUGAGCUGCCCGAGCUGCUGCGCUGUGUCCGCUUGGCACUGCUCCCUGAAACGUAUCUGCUGAAGAAUGUCGCUUCAGAGGAGCUGGUCAUGUGCCACAAAGUGGGUCGGGAGAUUGUUGAAGAUGCCGUACAGUGUAAGAUGAGGAUCCUCCAGAACGAUGGCAUUGUAACAGGGUUCUGUGCUCGGCCAAGAAAGGUCAGUCAGGCCCUGCUGCUACUGGGAGGUCAGACUUUCAUGUGCGAUAAAGUCUACAUGAUCGACAACAAGACCAAGGAGAUCACACCCAAAACAGACAUCCCCAGCCCUAGGAAAGAAUGCAGUGCCUGUGCUAUUGGUUGCAAGGUUUAUGUUACUGGAGGACGUGGCUCUGAAAACGGGGCUUCCAAAGAUGUCUGGGUCUACGACACAUUGCACGACGAGUGGUCCAAAGCGUCCCCCAUGUUGGUAGCCAGAUUUGGACAUGGUUCUGCAGAGCUUGACCACAUACUGUAUGUUGUGGGAGGACACACGUCUCUUGCGGGAUCCUUUCCUGCCUCUCCGUCUGUCUCACUCAAACAGGUGGAGCAAUAUGACCCUCAGACCAACAAAUGGACUCUAGUGGCUCCGCUCAGAGAAGGUGUAAGCAAUGCUGCCGUUGUUGGUGCCAAAAACAAACUCUUUGCCUUUGGGGGCACCAGUGUCAACAGAGACAAGUAUCCUAAGGUUCAAUGCUUUGACCCUUGUCAGAACCGUUGGUCUGUACCGGCCUCCUGUCCACAGCUGUGGCGAUAUACAGCUGCAGCUGUAGUUGGUAACCACAUUGUAGUGAUCGGUGGUGACACUGAAUUCUCAGCCAGCUCCGCUUACAGAUUCAAUAGCGAGACGUAUCAGUGGUCAAAGUUUGGCGAUGUGACAACCAAACGGAUCAGCUGCCACGCAGUGGCGUCAGGAAACAGACUAUAUGUGGUCGGGGGAUACGGGGCUCAAAGAUGUAAGACACUCGACUGUUACGAUCCAUCAUCAGACUCUUGGGACAGUGUGACGAGUGUGCCCUACUCGCUCAUUCCCACCGCCUUCGUCAGCACGUGGAAGUACCUCUCAGCAUAGCAGCACACACUGUCUGAGGUUUCUACGAUCGGCCGUGGUGUCUGGUAUGUUGGCUGCAGAGAGCAGGAGGAGGAGGAAGGGUUUGUGUAUUCCUGCCCUGGCUCCAUCCAGGCUGAUUCGCAUUAUCUUCAUCUGCAGAGGAGUGAAAGCCCCGAGUCCUGGAAACAGCCCAGCGACUGGAAGUCUGCGGCCUCUUUUCCACCUGAUCUGUUUACUCGUCGCUCUUGUGUAACUUUCCCAUGUAGCCACGAGCUUGAGCUGGACUCGUCGCCAUGUAUAAGAAGCAUAGACGUUCUCUUUCCACCGCUUGGCUCAAAUAAGCUACUGUGACUGUUUCAGCCCGACACUGUUACAACCCACUCCAUCAUCGGAACCUGUAUCAUCUCGCCUGUAGAUUUGCAGUUUAACAGACUCUGACGUGGCUUUGUUUUACAGUGAACUAAAACAGAAACUCAGCUGUCUUUUGUUGUGGUUCCUCUCUUCUCCUGACACUGGGCAUUUCCUCAGGUGUAAUUUAUUUAGACUGCUGAUGGACUGAGUUAGACCUUGAGCUCUGCCGGGCGUUUGGGGGAUCUAGAGAAGACAUUUGGUGAAGUGUAUGAUUUUUGUGCACAGAAACGAUCUUCCGGUCUGUAUUUUUAGACGUUGGACUCGGGCUUCCCUCAAAUUUGGCGAGCUAAAUUUGUAUCUUCCUCCUCGACUCAAAAUACAAGCUCGCAAGAGAGAAUGUGGCCCAUUACGGCCGUAGAAGACACUUUUCUGUUUCGAGAUGUCAAGCUAUGGUUUUUGUGAUUCUUAUUUGUUUUGUCUCAGGGUUAUGUAUAGUUUGCCUGUAUUCGUUCAAGGAAGGGUAACCUUUUUGUUUCAUGUCUUUUCUGUUCUGAAUGUUUGUUUUGUGAAUGUUCUAGUUUUGUUAUAAACAUUUUUACUGAACGCUCUCAUUUUAAAAAAACAUUCUGAGAACGCAUGAUGACGCUUGAUAGCAGUGGUCAUGUGUAAAACAUAAAUAUUUGCCAAAACUCAAAUAGCGUAUUAUUACUUUGGAAAUGCUAAGUGUUUCCAGACUUGUUAACUUUGUAGUUCUAAUAUGAGUAUCAUUAAUGGAAGUAUUUUUGUGUGUAUAGUUUGUAUAUUUGCCUUGUAAUUAAUUUGUAGAAACCUUUGAUUUGCACAGUUUGUACAAAGAAAUCUAUAAUUGGUCUUAAUUUUUGUAUCUUUGUCUUAACCCCGAUUGGGUAGAGUGUGAAUAAUCAAAGCCUUUUUUGUAGCAGCAGUUAUUUCUCUCUUAGCAAAACUCAUUCGUGUGCAUUUUUCCGAUAUAUCACAUAUAACUGAUAUAUGAAGCUCUUACUGAAACACCAUCUGUUACUUCAUGUUCUACCGUCAAUAAAAUGUCAUCUUGUUGAAAA